GAGUGCAGCAGCACUGGACCUCGCCGAGCCACUCCUCAAGCCAGCGCGACCACGCAGUGCGAUGCACGCUGCGCACGUGUUUGGCCUCCUCUGCGCGAUCAACUUGCUCAACUUUAUCGACCGGGGAGUCAUUCCCGGCGCGCCGAUCGAGUUUCAGGCGUUCGUCCAAGCGUCGUAUGGCGUCGCGCCGUCCCACGUCAGCGUCUACGUCGGUCUGCUCGCGUCGGCCUUUAUCGCAUCGUACUCGAUCUCGAUCUGCGUCUUUGGGUACCUCUCCAUGACGCGCCGGCCGUUCGUGCUCGCGGCCAUUGGGCUCUUUGUCUGGGUGGGCGCGCUUUUCUUGUGUGGCCUGGCCAAGCCGUGCGACAGCUUCCUCCUUCUCCUCGUCGGCCGCCUCCUCUCGGGCAUUGGCGAGUCUUCGUUCCACGCUACGACGCCAGCGUUUAUUGAUGAAUUCGCGCCGCGUAGCCGCCGGACUCUCUGGCUCGGCUGCUUCUACGCUGGCAUGCCGGCCGGCACCGCGAUUGGGUACUCGUAUGGCUCGAUCAUGGCGCAGACGCUCGGGUGGGACGUCGCAUUCUACGCACUUGGCGUUGCCAUGUUGCCGCUCGCCUAUAUGUGCUGGGCGUGGAUCCCGCCCGAGUUCAACCACCCGCUCCGGGCCAUCGUUCCCAAGUGCCAACACGACGACGAUGACCUCAUGGUCUCGGGCGUCACCGCCGACAUCACAGACAUUGAGCUGACACCGCGGCGCUCGGACGCCGGUGCUGCGUGUGACGAAGCAAUGACAGUCGACGGCGACGAGGAUGACGGGCUUCUCUUGCAAGAGACGCACAGCACAGCUCCGACGCCGCUCUGCGCAGAAGUGCUUGCGAUCGUGCACGACCCGCUCUUCGUCAGCGCAAGUCUCGGUCUCGCCGCCUUUGCGUUUACGAUUGCGGGCCUUGGCGCAUUCGCACCGUCGAUCCUCAUCGGGUAUGGGCUCUUGGAUGCCGCGACAGCUCCCACCGUCUUUGGUGCGCUUGUGGUCGUGACCGGAGUCCUCGGGUCGCCCGUCGGCGGCGUUCUCCUCGAUCGCAGCUGUGUCGCCCGCCCCGACGACGCGCCGUUUCGCGUCUUCAUGGCCGCGAUGCAGAUGCUCGUUUUCCUCGUGGCCGGUACUGGAUGCCUCUUCUUGUCUAUGGCGUACCUCGCAACGCCGUGGGCUUUCUUUCUCCUCCAGGGCCUCGGACUCUUUGCCCUCUUUGCGGCCCAGGCGGCAACGACCUUGGUGAUUCUCCUCAGCGUGUCACGCGCGCGCCGAGGGUUCGCCAUGGGACUGAAUACGUUGGUGCUGCAUGUGCUCGGCGAUGUGCCGUCGCCAAUCGUGCUGGGUGCGCUCAAAGACCGCUGGGCGCCUCGCUGUGGCAGCGUCGUUCUGCCCGAUGGCGCGUUGGCCUUGGACCCCGCCUGCGUUUUAGAUACACCGGGACUCACCAAGACGCUUCUCUUUGCUUACUCGUGGCUCCUUCUUGCUGUCGUGGCCUGGAUAGGAACUUAUGUUGUGGCCAAGCGACGACUGCGGUGCAAAGACCUCAUUGUACCAAGCGUCACUUCGACCGCGCAACUAUGAGCGCUGGCCCCUACCAUUAGUCUUUCGCGGCGCAAGGAUCUCUUGCAGCACCUCUGAUAUAAUACACCAUGAAUCGAUACGUCA